ACCACAAGGCCCAAAAGUGCACUAACAGCACUAGCUACACCAAGGAAGACAGUACCGUCCCCCAAUGAAACUGCCCCAACUACUAUAGCGCCAACGGUUCAGUUCCCCUCCAGGGUACCUCCUCCUCAAUGAACCGCGUCCGCGAUCCAUUCAACCUCCACAACCGCCCCGGUACCAUUGCCGCCAUCAACAUCCUCCGCGCAACCGCCACCACUGCCGCCACCGAGUUCCGCGACCGUGCCGAGAAAGCCGCCCAGCAGGCUGUCGAGACCGCUGCCAAAGCCGCCGAAUUCGCGGAGCAGGCCGCUGAACGCACCCGCGACGCCGUCGAAGCCGCCGCAAAGGAAGUCGAGAGGGCGCUUGACCACACUGCCUUUCAGAGCCAGUCACAGUCGGACUUGGAGCAGGGCACCUUACUGCCAGCUGCUGCUGCUGCUGCUGCUGCUGCGGAAGAGACAUACGACGAGGAAGACACAGAAGUAGAAGAAGAAGAAGAAUACGAACAAGGAGGGGACAUGGCCUCUUUUUCCAUCCCACGACACGUCCCGUCGUUUACGGACCCGGCGCGCCAAGCUGAAGAUCGACUUUGGGCUGCUGCCACCCGCCAACGGGCUGGACCAGCAGCAGGAGCAGGAGGAGUGUUUGGGGGAGUACAAGAUAAAGUGGGAGGAUUCCUAAACCCGGAUCGAAGGUCGUUACCCAUGUACAAGGAUAAGCCGUAUGGGUACGGCCCCGGAGAAGCGAGACCUAGGCCGCUGUUAAGGAAAAAGAGGGUGUUGGGAUUAUUCACCUUGGUGGUGCUGGGGCUGUUGUGGUUCACGGGCUUCUUUGAUGAGCAUCAUGAACGAGCCAGGGAGAAGCUGGGCGAUUGGGGGUGGUUGAGCUCGGAUACAAAGGCGAGGAGUAAGGCGGAUUGGCUGAAGAGGAGGGAGAGGGUGGUUGAGGCUAUGGAGCUGAGUUGGGAUGCUUAUGAGAGAUAUGCGUGGGGUUAUGACGAGUUUCACCCCGUGUCCAAGACGGGCCGGAACAUGGCCCCCAAGGGUUUGGGUUGGAUCAUUAUCGAUUCGUUAGAUACCUUGAUGAUCAUGAACUUGACCUCGCGGGUUACUCAUGCUCGCGAGUGGAUCUCCAAGUCGUUGACCUGGGACCAGGAUCAAGAUGUCAACACCUUUGAGACGACCAUCCGCAUGAUGGGCGGUCUCUUGUCGGCUUACUACCUCAGCACCGAGUACCCGAACCUAGCGCCCAUCACCGAUGACGACGUGGGCGCCCCCGGUGAGGACCUUUACCUCGAAAAGGCCCGCGACCUCGCCGACCGCCUCAUGUCUGCCUUCGAUACGCCCUCUGGCAUUCCCUACGCGAGCGUCAACCUCGGUAAAUUCCAAGGCCUGCCCUCGCACGCCGACAUGGGUGCCUCUUCCACCGCCGAAGCCACCACCCUCCAGCUCGAAUUCAAGUACCUCGCCAACCUAACAGGCGAAAAGGACUUUUGGGACCGCUCCGAAAAGGUCAUGAAAGUGAUAGACGACAACCAAGCCCCCGAUGGCCUCGUGCCCAUCUUCAUCCAGCCCAGCACCGGCCACUUCCACACCCAAAAUAUCCGGCUCGGCUCGCGCGGCGAUUCCUACUACGAAUACCUGAUCAAGCAGUACCUGCAAACCCACAAGGCCGAACCCAUCUACCAAGACAUGUGGAACGAUGCUCUCCAGGGCAUCCGCAAGCACCUCGUCACCUACACCGAGAACAGCGGGUUCACCAUUGUCGGCGAACGUCCCUCGGGUCUCGAGGGCAACUUGUCUCCCAAAAUGGACCACCUCGUCUGCUUCCUCCCGGGAACCAUUGCCCUCGCCGCCACCGAAGGCCUUUCGGAGCGCGAAGCCCGCAAGAAGCCCGGCUUCUGGAACAAGCAACGCGAGGCCGACAUGAAGCUCGCCCGCGAGCUGAUGCAGACGUGCUGGGGCAUGUACCGGUACAUGGCGACGGGUCUCGCCGCAGAAAUCACCUACUUCAAGAUCCCCUCCGACCCCUUGCCGGAGUCCUCCUCGCACACUUCCCCACCCGAUUCCAUCUUCCAUGACCCCGCCGGUCCUGACGCGACCUGGCGCAAAGAUUACGAAGUCCACCAAAUGGACGCGCAUAACCUCCAACGGCCCGAAACGGUCGAGUCCCUCUUCUACAUGUACCGCAUCACGGGCGACGUCAAGUACCGCGAGUGGGGAUGGGACAUGUUCAAGUCGUUUGUCAACUACACUGCUGUCGAAGAUGGCGGCGGGUUUACGAGCUUGUCGAAUGCCAAUGUCAUACCGCCUGUGAUCAAGGAUAAUAUGGAGAGCUUCUGGAUGGCGGAGACGCUCAAGUACUUUUAUUUGUUGUUCAGUCCGGAGGAUUUGUUGCCGCUGGACAAGGUCGUAUUUAAUACCGAGGCGCAUCCGUUGCCGGUUUUUGAGGUGGGGAGGUUGUUGAAGACUGGGUGGGAGAGGAAGCCGAGGACGUCGGCGACGACAGGGGAGACAAAGAGUGCAUAGGCAGAUUAGAGGGGAUGGGCAUAGAAUGGGAGAGUCGGUAGGUAGCGUAGGGAAACCAAAAAGGGAAGAAAGAGAAAAAAGGAACAUGCCAAGGUGUAAAGAGGGCAA